CUGUGGUGAUGGUGCUCUUUCCCACUCCUCCUUUCCCAGACAGCACCAAUACAACAUGCCGGACCUGGGACAUGCCCCCGUCUCCCAUGAAAAGCAAUAUGAUGUUUAUUUCAUCAUGAACUCAGCAGAUACAGCGAAGUGGGACAGAGUGUAAACUGCACCUGUCACACUGUAGGAUACUGAGAGACACACUGGCAUUCAUAUGAGCCACUGCAAUACGGUGUGUAGGACGACUACUGCAAGAGCUGUCAUGCUGAGAAGAUGCAGGAGCGGCCGGGCUCGCCAUUCGGCCUGGAAUGAAACACGGAAAGAGGCAGAUGCCAUGGCAGUGAUCCAGAUGUCAGACCGAGGGGAAUUGGAAGGCCAGGCGACGACACAGAUCAGCAACGUGGAGACUGAAGUGGAUUACCUGGAGAGUUCUCCGGCCAUGUCGGAGGUGGUGUCCUUGCCUGGUAUAGAACCGGUGAUCGGGGAGUCUUUCUGCCAGUGUGACCGACAGGAAGAGCUUAGCCCGGGCCUCAGUGUCAACGGUGACUGCCUCUGUGGGGAGGAGGAUUGGGGUUUUCACUGGAAAUGGGACGAGCACUUCAAAUCGUCCGGAGCCUUCCUCAGCUGUGACAACAGGAAGGUGAGCUUUCACACAGAUUACAGCUGCGGCACAGCGGCCAUCCGCGGCGCCAAGGAGCUCGCAGACGGUCAACACUUCUGGGAAGUGAAGAUGACCUCCCCCGUCUAUGGGACUGAUAUGAUGGUGGGCAUUGGGACUUCAGAGGUGAACCUGGAGAAGUUCAAAUUCAGCUUUGGCAGCCUGCUGGGAAACGAUGAAGAUAGCUGGGGGCUCUCCUACACAGGUUUCCUCCAGCACAAAGGGGACAAAGUGAGGUUCUCCUCUCGGUUUGGCCAGGGCUCAAUCAUAGGAAUGCACCUUGACACCUGGCAUGGCACCCUGACUUUCUACAAGAAUCGGCACUGCAUAGGUAUUGCUUCCACAAGGCUGCAGAACAAGAAAUUGUACCCCAUGGUUUGCUCCACGGCAGCUAAAAGCAGUAUGAAGGUGAUCCGUGCCUGCUACACACCCACCUCCCUGCAGUACCUUUGCUGCACCCGGCUCCGCCAAAUAUUGCCUGGCUGCCCGGACGUCCUCAAUGCUGUGGAUCUGCCCCCUGGCCUACGCACCCAGCUCCACCUGCAGCUCGGCUGGGUCUUCACGCUCAGCAGCAGCCCCGAAGCCUCGGAGCAGAACGAGGACUUGUUUGAUGAUUUCCAAGAAGAAAUGAGCCUGCCUCCCAGCCCCACCCCGAGGCCGGUCUCCACCCUGAGUGCCUGCUCCUCCCCGAGCCCCUGCACCAGCCCCUUUGUUGACACAGUCCCGUACCACUGCUCCUGUCAAACAUCACCUCAAACUCAGCCGUGCACUUGCCACUGCCCUCCAACUCCUCCCAGCAGCGAAUACGACAGUUGCUGCUCUGAACCCGAGGAUUACCAAAGCAAAAGAUGCCGCUGGACAUGAACCGUUAGCCCAAGCGUAUCUCUAAGUGUUUGGCGAACAGCUAUUCUACGAUUGCCAUUAACUUCCACUGUUGGAAAUAAUGGAGAUAAGAGCAACCUUAUCUUUUAGCCAAUAUUUCUACUUUUUGAGGGGAUUUUUGCUCCUCUUUAUUAAGAGUAUGUGACAUUCAACAACUUUGAGUGUGAAUGUGAGAAAUGGAGAUUUGAUAGUGACCUAUGGGGUCAUUAAGUUGCAUUUUAGCAAACGUGGUAAUAAUAAUAAUAAUACCUGGAUUAAUAACAAGAAUAUUCCGAAUAAUUAUUAGAAUAAUAAUAAUCAUUAAUAAUACAUAUUUAUAAUAUUCAGAAGUUACUAUAUGGAAGGCCCAAAGUUUUACCAUCUGACUGGGAAUAAUGUGAAAGUGUACACUUGUUAUUCUCCGGGGAUUACUCCCGGGAAACAGCUUUUUGAUACUGUGGAAAUGACUUUUUGUAAAUGUGUUUUGUAUCUAUGAGCAUUUUGAUUGAAUACCAAUGGUGGUUGUUUUCUUGCUUUACAAAAGGAUUUGCUUUUCUAUUUACAGUUUGUUUAUUAACUUUCUUACCCAGGAAAGUAUUUUAAAUUAAAACAACAAUACCGUU